AUGGCUGUUGCUAUCACGGACCCCAGGCUGCCGCCCAUCCUCCAACCCGACCAUGGUUGGACGUCACCACCACAGCCAUUCCCUGAAGAACCUGGUUCCCGGCGGGCGAGCGAUCACUACCGCAGAGAUAACAAGCCAUUGGAAUGCAAUGAUCUUACCGCGGCUACCCCAUGCUACGGAUAUAUCGUUCGCGGUAGAUGUAGGGCCAUGAGACACACAUGUCUACAAUCGCCAACCAUCCGGUCAACUGUUGGAUUGAUAGCAGCAACAGUUUUGUUCACUCGAGCCCAGAGCAGCGCUGGGGCCCUAAGAUCGAUGGCUUCGUCAACUUCCAUGCAGCCUUAUACUGCUUCCUCGUAUCCAGCGGCACCCGGAGUGCCCAUUAGUUAUUUGAUCUCGGUAUCCGUUCCGACUGGCGGAAGUAUGCUCCAAAGGUCGUUUCAACCAUUGAAGAAACAGGAAUCGUCACGAUAG